AUGCUAAUUACCAUGUUAAUCUGUUGGGCUGCUACAGGCCAUCCCAUCUACGGAUUCAUGAAGCAUUUCCAAAAUCCUGUCUAUAUCUCCGAUAUUGGUGCAAUGAGAUUGCAUCCAUUAUUCAUUGCAUGUUCAGCUUGGCAAGGGCUCGGCUAUGCAAUUAGUGUACUCUGUGAAUACCUACAACGUGGUGGAACCAUUAGGUACAUCUGGACGAACUCAAAAUUCUACAUGCCUCCUUGGUACACCAUUCAUGAGAUGAAAUUAAUCAUUGCUGCAUGUAUUCUAGGUGGAAUCGGUGAAUUAUGUCUUUUAUUCUGUAGUAUCUUUUCAUGUUCCAGAUUCCCAAAGGUUCAUUACACGAUGGUCUCCAUCUUCGUCGUAUUGAUGUUUUUUUCAAUCUGUUGUCUCUCUGCUGAAUACUUCAUUAUGGGAAAGCACUACGCUGUCCUACAUCCAUUGAAUUCUAAGGACAAUGAAAAUGUCAAAUAUGAAGAUUUAUCGUGGAAACAAUGGACUGGCCACGUCUGGAAUAAGUACACGAUAAGUGCGGUCUGUAAAAUUGUGUGGUUAGUCGGUGCUGUUGUAAGUGCCAUUGGGUUCGCUGCUUCUUCAAAUAAUUCCACAAGUGCCGUUUUCGAAUGGAUCCUAGCUUUUUGGUUCGGUUUCCUAUUCAUUAUCAUCUCCAUUGAUUUCUACAUUGGUGGAAGAUUCAAAGAAUCUCGUUAUUUCAAAGACGUUAAAUCAUUUGCUGGAUAUUACAAAUACGAAGAAAUGGCAACAAAGACACAUUUGGUGAACGUUGACGAAAAUAUUCAUGAAAUUGAAAAUGAUAGCCAUCAUCAAAAAGAAUACUCUACUGAAACUGAAUCAACCCACGACGAUUCAAUUGUUUGA